AGACUCGUGGAUGAAAAAGUAUGACACAAGUUUGAUGUUUGUGUCUGCUUUCUCAAGGUCAAGAAAUUAUCUCCUCAGAAGGCGACAGUACUAUGCAUGUUAUGAAUUGUGUCUCCUUGGGCAGUGAUAAAGAAAAUGGGAAUAUCACCACAGCAGCUGGAUUCAUGAUUGGGCAAACACCACCACCAGUGUCUCCUCCACCUCCUCCUCCACCCCCUCCACCUCCACCAUGUCCGUUUUCAGGGGAAGGCUUUCUUUCCUCUCCUCCUCCUCCCCCACCACCUCCACUACCUGGGGAACCUCCAGUCCCACCUCCGCCUCCAGGACUGCCCCUACCUUCUCACAUGAACGGAUACAGUCACCUUGGGAAGAAGAAGCGAAUGAGAAGCUUUUUUUGGAAAACCAUUCCAGAGGAACAAGUUCGUGGCAAAACCAACAUCUGGACCUUGGCAGCCAGGCAACAGCAUCACUAUCAAAUUGAUACCAAGACCAUCGAGGAGCUCUUUGGGCAGCAAGAAGACACCACCAAGUCUUCCAUUUCUAGGAGAGGAGGAACUCUUAAUUCAUCCUUCAGGGAUGGUCGAGAAGAGAUUACUAUCUUGGAUGCAAAGCGGAGCAUGAACAUUGGGAUAUUUCUUAAGCAAUUUAAGAAGCCUCCUCAGUCCAUUGUAGAAGAUAUCCAUCAAGGAAGGAGUGAGCACUAUGGAUCAGAGACAUUGCGAGAGUUUCUUAAGCUUUUGCCAGAGUCAGAAGAGGUAAAGAAAUUAAAAACAUUUAGUGGCGAUGUGUCCAAGCUGUCGCUGGCAGACUCCUUUAUGCACUACUUAAUUCAGGUGCCAAACUACUCACUUCGGAUUGAAGCCAUGGUGCUAAAGAAGGAAUUUUUACCUUCUUGUUCUUCUCUACACACAGAUAUAACAAUGUUAAGAACUGCUACAAAAGAGCUGAUGUCAUGUGAGGAGCUACAUUCUAUAUUACACUUGGUGCUCCAGGCUGGAAAUAUUAUGAAUGCAGGAGGGUAUGCUGGCAAUGCCGUGGGAUUUAAACUGUCUUCUUUGCUCAAAUUGGCAGACACAAAAUCAAACAAACCUGGGAUGAAUCUUCUGCACUUUGUCGCACAGGAAGCCCAAAAGAAAGAUGUCAUUCUUCUAAACUUUUCUGAAAAAUUGUAUCACGUUCAGGAGGCUGCUAGAUUAUCUCUGGAUAACAUGGAGGUAGAGCUGCACUCACUGUUUGUCAGGACGAGAUCUCUCAAGGAAAACAUCCAGCGGGAUAGAGAACUUUGUCAGCAGAUGGAAGAUUUCCUUCAGUUCACCGUAGAAAAGCUGACAGAACUGGAACACUGGAAACAAGAGCUCUGGGAUGAGGCCCACACACUUAUAGAUUUUUUCUGUGAAGACAAAGAAACCAUGAAGCUGGACGAAUGUCUUCAGAUAUUUAGAGACUUUUGUACCAAAUUCAACAAGGCAGUUAAGGACAACCAGGACCGGGAGGUGCAGGAACUGAGGCAGCAGCAGCGGCUGAGGGAGCUGGAGCAGAAGCGACGCUCCUGGACAGUAGGGGAGCUCGGGGGGUUUGGCCGGAGCAGCAGUGAGAACGAUGUGGAGCUGCUGACAAAGAAGGGUGCAGAGGACCUGCCCCCUUUCUUGCACCCGAGGCCUAUCAGCCCUUCCUACCGGCCCCCCAACACCCGCCGCUCCCGCCUCUCUCUGGGCACCUUCGCUGACCGGGAGCUGCUGACCUUCCUGGAGAGCUCCACUGGCAGCCCCGAGGAGCUCACCAAGUUCAACAGCCUGCCCCGGAAGAGCAGCCCCCUGCAGGCCCAGCCCACGGUAGCCUGGAUGGAGCACGGAGACUUUGGCUCCAAACUUGCACACAGACCUCAGGCCCUGGAGGGCCAGGCAGAGGCCCCCAGCCCACCCACAAUUUGGCAGAGCCAGCUUCCAGCGCCCCAGCCUGGGGACCCUGGCUCUGCCUUCCCCCGAGCAUGGUGCGGUGGAGUCAGCAUCCUCCGAAAGAGGAACAGUGAACCUGUGGGCCUGGGUCCAAGCCGCUCCACUCCACUCUCACCACUGGCUCUAGGGAUUGAGGAACAUGAGCUGGUGACGGGGCUGGCCCAGUUUGACCUCCAGGGUCACAAGAGCCCAGAGGAGACCCCCCAGCUGGCCCUGCAUGAUGUUAGCCCUGUGGAACAGGCAUCUCUGUGGGAUGGUAGCCCUCAGUCCCUCGGUACUGGCAACUGCAGCCUGACCCCCGGGGGCAGAGGUUCCCGGGAGGGUCUUGGUCCAGCCCUGGAGGAUGGCGGGGCUGGCCCUGACCAGCCCAGCAGCGUGGCUCAGGUGUCUGUGGGGAGCAGUGACCCUGAGAACAAGGAUGCUGGGACUGUGUUCUACAUCUCAGAUACCACCCACUGCUCCCUGACUCUGGACUGCUCAGAGAGGACAGAUUCCAGGCCUGGGGGCAGGGAACCCAAGGAGAGUGGGGACAGGGGCGGCUCUGUGUCCUCUGGGGCUGGGGAGACUGGGGGUAACCAGGUCUCCUCCAACCCUGCUUCCAGCCCCUCUGAGGAGGCCCCUACUCCGGUCUCCCAGAAGAGUGAACCCAGCUGCAAGGGGGGCCUUCCCAGGGACAGAACCCCUAGAGGUAAAGAUGUGACAGCCCCGAAGAGAAGCUCCCUCAAGGAGGCCUCCCCGGGUGCCCCGAAGCCAGGCAGCAGUCGGAGGAGCCCAGGGGCUGUGCCCAAGCCUGUGCGGACCUUGCACACCUCCGAGAACGAGAGCAUGCGGAAGGUUGUGCCCAUCUCCAAGUCAGUCAGGGGGUCUGGGGGCUGGAAGCAGCCUGAGCCGCUGUCCCGGGGGGCCCCCAGCAGCACAGACACGUCGUUGUUGCGCCAGAGCUCUGUGCGAGGGACCUUGGACACCUCACCCAGGAAGCCCUCCGCAGGGGUCGUGGCCACAGUGCCAGACGAGCAGAGGCUGCAGCGGGUUAGCAGCAUCCGGCUGGGGAAGGAGCCUCCCUUACAGCACAGAAACUCUCACAAGAAACCCAGCGCCAAACCCCUCAGGAACAUGCUCAGGCAGAAGCCUGAGGAAAACAAAAUCUGCUGCUCCAGCUCCCAGGGCCGGAAGAGCCCUGAAGAAGAGCCCAAGACCCCACCAGCCCCUAGCCUCCCCCUUGUCCGGGCCUCCAUCCCCAGCUUUGCCCGAAACACGGUGGCCUCCUCGUCGCGGUGCAUGAGAACAGACUCCCCUCCUGUUACCAAAGCCACCAGCCUGACUCCAACAGUCUCGCAGCGGCAGCUGAGGGUCAAAGGCAGCCCUGAGGACACCUCCCCCAGGGACAGCAGGACCCUGAGGCGGGCCAGUAGCACCCGCACCUCCAAGAAGUGCCCAGAGUCUGCUGAGGGGCUCGGUGCCAACACAGAGCCCCCUCUGAAAGGCAGAGGGGUCGGGGAGCGGGCCUCCUUCCAACUGAAAGGCUCAAAUCAGACCACAUUGGGGAAAAUACUGAAUCCCUUGUGGAAAUGAUGGGUCGUGUCCUCUCUCUCACCCCCAGGGUCCAGAUGGUGAGGACAGCUUCUGGGAUAAGGGCAGGAAGAGGCCAGCACUGAACAUCUUUGUUCCACAUAUAGCAAUC